UAGUCAUUUGAAAAAAUUGAACAGAAUAACAAUACAAUCUUGUUUUCUUUGUCUCAUACUUAAAAUCAAAGUCGAUUGAAUUGUCAAAUGAUUUUGUGCUUCAGACUUCGAUGCGAACGAGGGAUACAACACAAAGGAACAUAAAAUGAAUGCUCACAGUCGUACGUCCAGCGAAAUAGAAACAGUUCCAUAUUCUGAUAUUUUGCCAGUAUUUACGCCGCAAUUUUGCAGAGAUUUUGAAUUCAAGGAUGUGCAACACUUCUUGAAAGAUUUACUGAAGCCUGAAGAAUUUCGUUACAUUGCCAAAGAAGAAGGCAAAGCUCAGAUAUUCCAUAUGCUAUGGGUUCUGCAAAAUAAGAGCGAUGCAGAUAUCAUGAGUUUUUUGAAUUGUAUCGCUUAUGAUUACAAAUGGAUUGUUGAUGAAAUUAAAAACGCUUUGCGCGAUCACAGCUCUGUUACUGAAGAAUAUUUGGAGACAUUAAAAAGAAUACGUAAUGAUCAUCAGAAUUUUACGGAUUUCAAUGUACAUCGCACUAAACCUUUUAUGAAAUUGCGUGCGGCCUUGCGUUCUUUAAACCCGAAAAUUGGACUUGCGAGUGUCGUUCUUCUCGGUGAACUAGGCAGUGGUAAAAAAUGGUUGGCUUUAGAUGUCUGCUCCGAAUUUACUGUUCUACAAGCCAUGAAUUUUAAAAUAUUUCAUAUUGAUACGAAAUAUUGCGAUAGUCCUGAUGAGGAUUUACAUGCUUUGAAUACUCUAAUGCUGAAACUUAAUCCAAAUCAUCAUUUUACACUUGAAGGUCCUUCAAAAAUUUCAUAUAAGAUACUGCAUUUGCAAGAACGGUUACGUGAACUUCUAAAAGCUAAGCAAUUUCUCAAUUGUCUUUUGGUUUUGACAAAUGUGCAAAAUAUUAAAACACUGGAAGCGUUUAACUUGGGUUGCAAACGUUUGAUAAUUACGCGCAAUAAGAAAGUAAGCGAAAAACUAUCUACUAAAACGAAUAAGCAUUUCAACUUGGAAGAAGGCUUGAGUUUUACUGAGUUUCGUUUGCUGUUGGACAAAUACAUUAAAAAGUAUGAUUGGCGAGAGUUUGCUACCACAAACGAAACCGAUAUCUAUUAUCUUAGUAAUGGCGAUCCAUAUUUAUUGAGCAUCAUAGCAAAACAUCUGCGUGAAAAAAAAUCAAAUUGGUUUCAAUGGAAGAAAUACCUAGAGAAUUUACAGAUACCGGACAAAAAAUUUAAACGCGACAUUGAAACAUCCUUAGAAGUUCUAACACAGGAGCAAAUGCGACGGUAUGCGGUGUUUGCAAUUUUUCCCCACUGCGUCGGCAUACCUGUUAAGUUAAUAGCAAACUUAUGGCGGACAUCAAUACAUGACGCCGAAGAAAUAGUUUAUAUAUUCUACAAGUAUUCAGUUAUCAAAACGGAUCUGGACGAUAACGAUACAAUGACUUGUCACUUAAGGUUUGCUUACAGUUCUUACCUAAAAACUAGUCCUACUAUACAGUCGCUUAUUAAUCAAUUGGAAUUACAUCGAGAAAUCGUGAAAUAUUACAAAGUUCAUCAAUGUCUUGAAUUUCGUUCUGAGGUGGAUUUAUUUUGCGAUAAACCUUUGCAUGAUAAGUAUUUCUUCAAGUACAUCGGUUUUCAUCUACUGGGUGCUGAGUAUUUUGAUUUAUUCCCCAAAUUAUAUUUCGAUUUUGGUUUCUUGGAGCAAAAGAUGCGGUCGGUGGGCUUACUUUCUUCUGUGGCUGAUUUAAAAGAUUACAAACGUGAAAUUACAAGUUAUGAUAUGUCUCGCGCUCCAAAUUUGUUUAAGCAUAUUAUUGAUUUUUUGGCUAAAGUGGAGGAAAAAAUAUAUCACAUUGCCGAUACUUGUUUAUUACAAUACGCUCUAAUGUCCGAAGAGCCAAUACAAAAUUUAGCAUUGAAACAAAUUUCUCAAUUUCCACGCCGCGCAUGGUUUCUAGAAAGAGGUAAUUUCCAUCAGAGACGUUUCAUCGUUAAUUUAAUUCAAACACCAAAAAUUGUACAUGUAUUAGUGGAAGACUUAUGCAUUAUUGUAUUAGAAAACAAUGAUACUUACUUAGUAGAUAUAUCGCUAGAUUGCAGCUGUGGCCCAGUCCUAAUUAUUAGAGAAAGUAUUGUCAACAUAAUCGAUAUCAGUUUGUUCGGUCAAGAAAACUUUAUGCUAACACUAGAUGACCAUGGUCAAUUGAAAUUAUGGUCAAUUGCGAAUGAACGUAAACGCAGUUUAACCCAACGCCGGAACAGUACCAAAAAAUUCAAUCCUCUUAAUUUGUACUUGUAUUCCAGUCAAGUGGAAAUGAAAAAAUGUAAACAACAAAUUGACGAUAUGCCAUUAUGCAAAAGAGAUCGAGUGGUAGCAUUUUACAUUGAGUUAGUAUCGCAAUAUACCGAAGAAAUUUAUCUGCAUAUAGCUUUAAGAAAUGGUGACAUUUGUGUGCUAGUUUGGAACCCCGAUGAAGAGGAAUUUCAGCGCAGCUAUAUUCCAGUUUUACAAACAAAUUUCACUAACAUACGGUUUAUCUGUAAAAUGUUGAAAAAAUAUUAUGUAUUAGUGAAUACGUCAUCCGAACUAAGUUUCUGGAACUUGCAAGAUUGCUCUAACGUGCCUACCUCCUUUGAAUGGCCAUUACACGAAUCUAGCUUAGUAAGGUAUGAAGUUUAUAGCGAUGUCGGUCCAUCAUCUUACACUCACUUGAUAUUUAUUUUCACCGAUAAAAUUUUGAGCCUAGCCUUUCAAAAGCAACGUGUCACUUCUUUAAAUGGCGAUAUGCAAGUGUUAUUAGACAACGCUGACUAUCAUAUUACUUGCGCCAAAUUAUCAGCAGAUCGACGUUACCUGAUAUUGGGCACGAACACUGGGCUAGUGGUCUAUGAUGUCUGCACAUGCAGUGAAAUAAUGCGUAGCGUUGUUAGUGAACAAAUACGAUGCGUGGACGUAUUCGAUUUGGACGAUAAAGAAUACAAAUGUAUGAUUGUUUGUGGUGUAAAAAAUAAACGCAUUUUGUAUUUGCUUUGCUUACGUAAAACCGGAGAAGAUGCUUUAGGUUGGCAACAUAGCUCUAUUACCGAUGACAUUAUCCUAGAAGAACAAACCAAUAUAAGACUUUUAGGGCAAAAACUUUUCGACGUAACGUAUGAUGACUAUACCAAUUUAAUCGCUGCCGAUUCAAAAAAUAGGAUUCAUCAAAUUUGCACAUCGGAUACGAAAAACUGGUCAAUUAUAAAACCUGCGGGAAUAACGGAAAACAUUUCGGCAGUUGCGGCAUUUAGAAACUGGGCUUUUGUGGGCUAUCAGAACGGUGUCAUUUUUAAUGUAGGUGACGAGUCACGCGUGACGCCGUCUUUUACUAAUAACGCCAUUAGUUACCUCAAAGUAAUCAAUGAACGUAUCCUAGUAGCUUCUUCUUGCCAAGAUGAAUUAACGCUUAUUAAAGAUCUCAAUCAGAACAUUAAUACAAGAUGUCGAAUUAAUACAUUGUUUUCCUAUUCGGUGCUAGACAAUUACUUGAUUUUGAUAAAUAAUUAUGGUGCAGUGGUGGUCUUCAAAGCCAGCCCCAAAUUUGAUUAUAUUCAUCAUGUCGAUCCGGAGCCACAUUUCUACUUAAGUGAUAGCGAUUUUCAAAAUAAUACUUUGUUUUUAGCCUCAUCAUGUGAUUACUGUAUACGGAUACUCACAUGUCAAAAGUCACCGAAUGAUGAUUUGGAAUUGAUACAAAAGCAUCAAUUUAAACGAUGUGAAAUCGAGUGUAAAUUAAGUUGUUUGGCGGCAACUAAAGAUGCGUCGAUAGUGGCUGUUGGCUUAGAAAUUCAGAGCAAUGAAAAGACGAACUAUCAUAACGGUGACAUAGAAAUAUUUCAAGUAUUGGAUAACUAUAAUAUACAAUUUAUUUACUGCCUUAAAUCUCAUAAAACUGCCGUUUGUGAUAUGAAAUUCUCAAACAAAAAUGAGGUGCUAGUAAGCAUUUCCGAGCAAUUGUGCAUUUGGAAUACAGCUCAUGUCCAGAAUAAUCCAUUGAAUCGUGAUGUAUUUAAAAGACGUAGCUCCAGAUUUUCAUCCCAAAGGAGUUCGGAUUUAGAAGAAGUAGAUGCUAAUGUUUUGUCAAAACAACAUAACCGGAUGUUUUUGUGCGUUCAAAAGGACACAAGUAAGCUGAUAACACCGGGCGGCAUCACGACAAAAAUAGCAGAGACAUCGGAUUAUUUAAAUAAUUCGACAGAUUCAGUCUUUGAUUCACCAAAGAUAGGUGGAAGUUGUUGGGAAUGUUUCAGUGGCCCUGCCGACAAACCUGAGCUAUUGACCUGCAUUAAAUUUGACGGAAAUAAGGCCGAGCAAAUAUUUACUGAUAGAGAGUUUACGCAAUUUAACACAAUUGAUAAUGAAGGAGUAUUUUACAAUCUGACAUUAUUAACACGCUGCCAGCAAGUCUUUGCAGAAGAAAUGCCAGAUCAAUCGUGCAAAAUAAUUGCAGGUGACAGCAAUUAUUUAGAUCGACUCUCAGUGAUUUCCAAUAACUCAGGUUGCGAUGUCGUUGAUGCUAGCAAUACGUGACGCACUAAGUUACACAAAUACAAUUAUAAUAAUGUGUACAGUACUUUUAUUAUAUGCAAGAGGUUAGUCUCUUAUUUUACAAGAAUUCUUUCUUACUUCAUUAUGUACAUUUACUUAAUUUUAAACGAAUUGUGAUAUAUUUUGUUAUUAAUUAUAAGCUAUAAAUUUAUAUAUAUCGUUGUUUAUGCAACUGUUAAUUCAUUUAUGUACAACUGAAGUAGAGUGUUUCAAUUGCGUAAGUUUUUCUAGUAUUCGCGAACAGAAGACUGCAGUUGAAAGAGAACGAUAUACAUGGAAGGACAAAUGGAUCUGUUUAUUAUGUCAAUCUCGAAGGAUUUUGUCAGAUUAGACAAUUGCUUGGUUGGAGAGUCCAUAAACUUACAAAAAUUGCGAUGUAUACCUUUAAUGUGCACACAUAGGUCUCUAUUUAAAAAUAUUGCUCAUCGUCUCAAGCCCAGUAAUAAGUCGAUUAUACUGAGGGAUUUUAAGAAAUUAAAAAAGCCUUGCACCAAUUUUCCAAAACAAAUUAUAAUCCGCUUAGAAUUUUUUUGUCUGACGUUACUUGGUAUUUUGAUCAUGAAGACAUAAAUGGCAACUUUAGUGUUAUUUAUAACAUCCUUUUCUCAGCUAUUUUUUUUAUCGAUUCCGUUAAAGCCAUGUCCUACGAAUUUCUGUGUGUCUAUCUGUCUGUCUGUCUGUCUGUCCUGUCUGCUUUAGUGAUCUGUUAAGAAUUAUACCUAAUAUAAAAAGCGAGUUAUUUAAAAAAUACAAACAAAGUCGCUUCCUUAGAGACUUCACGUUAUACUCUAGUGUUAGCGGUAACUAUAAUUCCCUAAAAGAAUCGUGCUAUGCUAAUUUUAUUCAAUCAAUGAGAGGUAAACUUCUCAAUCCUCCUCGGUAAAUUCUAAAAGCAAAGUACGAGGAGCUUGCAUAGGGUUGAUUUUUCUAAUUCUUCUGUAAUAGCUGAGCUUUUUUGCCUGUUUUUUUCGGGGUAGGCUACCAUUCAUCAAAUACUCCGUUUGGUAAGUUCAUUUGACAUUUUUCAGUCUAUGCCCCUCUCUGAAGAUGAAGUACUUGUAUCGUUGUUGACUUUGAAUGUCUCUAAUUUUCCUGAUCCGGAUGGAAUUGCGUCUGUUAUUCUCCGCUGUUGAACUGAUUAGAUAUGCUUUCCUCUUAUGCAAAUUUUCAAUAACUGCUUGAAAAAAGUUUGCUUUCCAUCGGACUGAAAGGCUUGUUUUAUUUUCCCAAUUUACAAAAACGUACCCAGAAAAUGCAUUGAGAAUUACAGAGGCAUCACCAAGCUUAGCGUAUCGCCUAAACUGUAAACGUGUGUUAUAUCCCCCUGUGCGGUUUCUUAAAAGGCAGAACAAGUUUCACUAACCUUCGCAAGUUUUGCAUUCAAAUUUUCAAAACGUUUUCCGAACGCAUGGGACAGAGUGGAUCAUGGCUUGCUAGAUUGUCUUGGUUUUUCGAAUAAUGUAGUAACUUGGUGCAGUAGCUAAUCCACUGGUCGCACUCAACGUGUGUUAUUCAUUUCUGUCCGAUCCAGACCAAUCUCUGCUACUGCUCAUGUUCCAUAGGGUAGCCAUCUUGAACCACUCUGACUUAUAUUAUUUAUGAAUGACCGCCCUGAGUGCCUUCAACACUCCAGGGUGUUCAUGUUUGCGGAUGAAAUUACCCUUUCCCUCUGCUAUUACUUAUUGUGUGGUGUUAAACUCCUUCCGUAUAAUCUUGCGAGUGUGCACUUGGUGUGUGACUAACGGGAGGAUUUUGAAAUCAUAAAAAUUUAAGCAGUUGUUACUUGCUGGGAUUAGUAUGUUGUCCUCGUCUUAUAAGAUUAGUAAACAUAUUCUGAAAGAAGUGUUAAACUUUAAACAUUUAGGUGUGAUUUUUCACUUUAAACCUAGGUUUGAUACCUAUAUUGAG